AUGGAUGUUACGCCUGGAUUUGCAUUCUUUAUUAUUUUACUGCAUUUAAUUCUCGCGAAUGGACUUUAUAUCUCCAAUGGCAUAGGUAUGUGUGAUUUAUGAUUUUAUACAUUUUAUACAAUUGUGUAAAGCUUAGGCUAUAACCUAGGUAGGCUACCACCCUUGCGAAAAUGAUCUGAUCACGAAUCGAUCUUGAAGCAUGUCAAAUUCACACAGGUUAUUCCGUAGCCCAUACAAGUUCAAUUACAUUUUGCAUAAACAGAAAUAUCGUUGAGUACGAAUGGUAGUGUGUUUAUGCAGUGUGUCUGUACGUUUCCCUUUCUUUUGCAUGACACCAACUUUUUCCACAUUUGUUUUUCAUUCAAACAUAAUUUACGUGCGCACAAGUUCAGCAUCUGAAGAACAUUCCAAUGGAACAUUGAUCAUGCACUAUUGAUUGCAAUUGGUUAUAUAUAUAUAGUCAUGUGAAUUAGCACAAAUAUUGUUGAAGUUUUUACAGCAGUUAUAGCUUAAAUUAAACUAACAACGACCGUCUCCAAAUAAGCCAUUCCAUUUGACUAGUAAAAUAAAUGGUUGGAAUGAAAUUAAACUUUAAUUUGACAUUCAAUUUAAUUUGACAUUUGUAAUUACCUGAUUUCAUGAAUAUUGACCUUAGUUAUUCUUCCUAGUUGACAGCUUUAAUCAUCACCCCGUCUUGACGUGCUUGUCUGCGUGCUGGGUCACAGCUUCCUACCAAAACUGAAGUCGCAACUCGCAAGUUGACAAUGGAUGGAGUCAUGCAUAUAAAUUGCUGUAUCUGCUCUGAACUUGGACGUGUUUGUUAUGGUUCACAAAGAAGUGUAGUCGAGCGUGUUCAUCUGCGGGAACGGACGUGAACAUUGGGGCAUACAUUUACAUUUUAGUCAUUUAGCAGACGCUCUUAUCCAGAGCGACUUACAGGAGCAAUUAGGGUUAAGUGCCUUGCUCAAGGGCACAUCACCGACGUGUUCUUUUUUUGAUAGGCCUAUUAGUCUAGGCUUAUUAUUGCCUGUGGUUUAUUGAUAAGGUAGGGAAUAUGCCAAAGUCAGUUGUGGUUGUAAAAUGUGUCAGCUAUAGAUUCACAUUGUAUAUGUGUUUAUAAAGUUAGACCCAUCAUAUGUUUUUACCCAUGCUAUAGCAGUGGAUGCUGGUGGGAGGAGCUAUAGGAUGAGCUCAUUGAAAUGGCUGGAAUGGAAUUAAUGGAACUUAUCAAAGGAAAACAUCAAACAUAUGGAAACCACAUGUUUGACUCCAUUCCAUUUCAGCCAUUACAAUGAGCCUGUCCUCCUAUAGCUCCUCCCACCAGCCUCCACUGUGCUAUAGAUACUAAAGCGUGUGUGUGUGCUUGUGCAUGUGUGCGUGCGUGUGUGUGGCACUCUGUUUGCAUCUGUUACUUCUGUGCAUGAUUAUGUGUGUAUUGAUCAGUGUGUGACUGUCUCUCCCCGUGCAUACAGAGUCUCUGCAGCAUGUCCUGAGGGAGUAUGGCGUGGCUAAGCCUGUGAACACUGACGCAGAGGGCCGGUUCCUCUCAGGUGCUGUCUCUGCACCUCAACUGGACAGCCAGCACCAGCAGGCCCACAGACGCUGGAGAAGAGAGGCUGCAGCUGCCUCAGACCCCAGCCAUGGAGACCUGGAGGAGGGAGAGGGUACAGCCAGGCACAGGGAGACACUCUUCUACAAUGUCACUGUAUUUGGCCAGGAGCUCCACCUGCGCCUGCACUUCAACUCCAGGCUGGUGGCCCCCGGAGCUAAAGUGGAGUGGCACGAGGAGGGCAACCAGACCCGCUACGAGCCUCUACGGGACAGCGACUGCUUUUAUGUAGGAGAGGUCACCAACGUCAGGGACACAUCCGUCGCUAUCAGCAACUGUGAUGGUCUGGUAAGUGCUGCACCGUUGAGAAAUGUAUCCCUCACGUAUUGUAGUUACACUGAUAUUGCACCUGUAGAACUUUAUUAGGUACAGUUGAUAGACAAAGUGGAAUACCAUAGUAGUAAAGCUGGCUAGACUUAUUACAUCCAAAAGACAGGAGAGGUUGGAGAGUUUAACCUCUGGCACAUUGUUGUGGUUGUGUAUCUCUGCACAGAAGGACUGA